AUGGCGGUGCCUUUUGCCAUUUCUUCUGAAAGGCAACAAUAUGCUCCCCUUUGGAUGCAAGCUCCUGCUGCACCUUCGAGAUGCUCUGUAGCAACUCUUCGUUUUGCUGAUUUAGCUAGCAAACGCGUAAAUAAUAAAGCACAUACAUCUCGAAUCGUCAAGUCCAGGUUUUCUAUUUCAGACACAUGGUGUGCUACAUUGACGGCCCGUUGGAUUUCCUCUGCUGUUUCUUGCUUCCUAAAAUGA